AUGCACAGGAUCGUGCGAGCUGCGCAUGGACAUGUGUCCUCGAUCCCAGCCGUUUACCAUGAUCAAGGACCUCCUGGCUCUCCAAGCCCCAGGAGAAUGAUACACGGUGUUUACAACAUCGCCAAGGCCGUAGUCUCACCCCCCUUCGGACUGGCAGCGAUCUCAGGGACGAAAAGUAUCGGGCGCGACUCAUUCGGACGCUCGGCGCGUGGACCAUCCGCCUUCCGCUCCGCCCUGGGGGUGAUCGUGCAUUCUCCUCGAACGCCUCCGGAGCCCGGCAUUCUUGAACAGCAACCCAAGCAGGUACUACAAGGAAUUCGAAUUGAAGCCGUCGACGUCGGCAAAGAUUCUGGACGGGUCGAUAGGCGUAAACAAUGCCCCAAGAUCGACCGCCAUGCUUCGCUCUCCUUUGCGGCAUGA